AUGUUUAUUUUUAUUUUCUUAAUCAUUAAUGUUUAAUCUUAUAGAAUCAGAUAAAUACAAAAUGAAUCCCUUGAAUUUCAGAUUCCAAUAGAAGAAGAAACAUAAAUACUUUCUCUCUUUUAAGGGAGAGAUUCAAAGCUAAUAACAAAUGAAACAUUACCAUUUUGUUAAUUGAAAGAAAUUAAUCUAAUUUUUGAAACAAAAAGAUAACAUUUUGAGAAUAUAGUAACAAUGGUACAUAUUAGAGAUGGUGUUAUCCUUAUAACUUCAGAUUAUUUAUUAUAUUUGAUGAAAUUCAAUUAUUAGAAUUUUAGUGGAGAGUUUGCUAAAGUAUAAUGGAAGGCAGAUUUCAAAGAACUUGGCUUAGAUUCUCUAACUGAAAUGCCUUAAUUAUUAUAUUGUAGUACUAGUAAUAUAGGGAUAUUAUUUUAAACAAGAGGAGCAAUCUUAUUUAGUGUUUAAUAAAUGGAAUAAAAGGCAUAAAAACUUUAAAUUAGAGAUUUAACUGAAAUAAAAUAUAGGAAAGAAAGAGGAGUCACUAAAGAAUAUGAAAAUUACAUCUUUUCAUGUGUUGGUUAGGAUGGUUUAGAUAUUUAUAAAAUAAUUGGAAAUGAAUUACAUUUUAUUGAAUCAAUAUCAAAUACCAGAUUUAAAGAUUUAGCUAUAAUUAAAGUUUAAAAUAUCAUAUAUCUUAUACUUUUAGAUUAAAAAGAAUCAAGCAUUUCUAUCUAUUAGAUGGAUGUGAUUAAGAUUAGAAUAUCACUCAAAUUUUAAUAAAAAUUUGAUGAAAUUAAACUAGAAUUUAUUGCAAUUGAUAAUUAUUAAAAUAACAUAUUCGUUGUUUAUAAAUAUCAUCAUAAAUAUAUUUGUGUAGAAUAUUUAUUUACAGAAAAAGAAUUACUUGAAUUAAAUUCGUUUGAAUCAUUUAGUAAGAUCAAAGAUGUUGAUACUACAGAAGAAUUUGCAAUAUUAUAAGGUUAAAAUAAACAUCACAUUAUGUUUGUAACUAAAUUUGAUGGACUUUAAAUUAUGCAUACUCCUUAAUAUACAUUAUUAGGAGCUAUAGAUAUAGAUUUCUUUUAUUUGACAAACAUUGAUCUUACUAUGAGUCAUUUAACAGAUUAAAACAAUUUUUCAAUGGAAAACUUCUUUUUUGGUUCUUCCAAAUCUGGAUUGUUUUUUACUAAAUUUAAAUAUUAGGAACCUUAUAUUAUUUGCUAUCCUUAACCAGAUUAAAAAAAUACUUAAUAAAAUUAUUAAAUAAUUCAGAAUGAAACUAUCUAUAUUUAAAGUAAUCUUCAAAAUAAUGUUGUGUUAUAGAGAUUGACAAAUAUUACUGUUUUUGUUCUUGAUGAUGAUCAAGCAUCAUAUUCUAAAGUGGUAAUGUAUUUGGGAAUUCCAAUAGGUUUAUCAAUUUUGCUGAUGGGAAUUUGUUUUUGGUUUAUUUCUAAAAAUAAAGAAAUAGAAAAAUUAGAGACAGAAAUAACUUAAAUUAAAAGCAAGAAAACUUCUGGAUUAGCUGUUGCUGUAGAGUUUAAUACACCUUAAAUGAUAUAGAUUAUUAAUUCUCCAUAUAUGCCUAGUCCAUUCUCAAAUACAGCAAGAGUAAAUGUAAACACAAAUUUAGCAAAGGAUAAUAGCAUGAAUAUCGAUGGUUGA